CCAUAUACUGAGGGUGGCGGGUUCAAACCCGGCCCUGGCCAAAACUGCAACCAAAAAAUAGCCAGGCGUUGUGGCGGGCGCCCGUAGUCCCAGCUGCUCAGGAGGCUGAGACAGGAGAAUCACGGAAGCCCAAGAGCUAGAGGUUGCUGUGAGUCCUGUGACAUCAUGGCACUCUACCGAAGGCGGUAAAGUGAGACUCUGUCUCUACAAAAAAAAAAUUAAUAAAUAAAUAAAAAUAAGAAUAAGCAUUAUGGAUUUACUGGGGAAGUAUGCCUGUUCCUAUAAUUAGAUCACCUGGGCUUUCACAGGUGCUAUUGGCCAAGAAGCAUGUUUUGAUUUCUGCUAUAAAGUGCAACAUCUGGGUAUGUGGCCCAGCAGGCAGUGGGGGCUUUGGACCAGCUGCCAUGCUGAGUGAUAGCAGGGGAGGGACAAUGCUGGGGUCUUUAUGUGCCUCAGUGUGCUCAGUAGUACAGCAGGAAUGAUAGUGUUGGCUUCAUGGUUGCUCAUUAUUCAAUGAACAAAUGCCAGGAAAUGCUUAGAACAGUGCCAGGCUCAGGUUCUUGCUCAAAAUACACAAACUUUGCUGUUCAUCAAGUACUGACCAGGUUCCAGGUGUGUGCUGGGCACUGGCAGCCCUGAGAGUGCACAGAGGCUGCCCUGUCUUCCAAAUCACUGAGGCACCUAUGCCCAGCUUUGUUUUAUCAUGACCUGUGUUAGUGCCUGGCACUGCCCUCUCCCCACCCCCAGAGCUGAGCCAGGAAGUCAGAGUUUUUUGUCUGCUCUGUCAUACCAUAUCCCAGCACCAGGAAUGGAGCUUGCCAGCUGCUCAGUAAAUAUUGGUUGGAUGAAGUUUGUAUGUUGGAUUGGGGGGGCAGACCUCAAACAAGAAAGUACAGGUAGCUUGAAACAUGUUGAAUAAAGCACGGCCACAUGAGAGAGAAGGGACUGUGUCACCCAAAAUGAACAUGGAAGGGAGACUCAGGAGCACGUAACACUUGGCCUGAAACUCUAGUCAUGAGAUGGUAACUUUGUAGGAGUGCAGGACAGUGCUUUUGGCAUAGGAAGGACUGCAGGAGGCAGGAGUGGCAUGUUGGGAAGUGAGAAAUUGGAGGAGACUGCCCAGGCUAGCAGGAGCCCACACAGGCUUUGGAGUAUGGGCUUUGAUCCCACAUCUUUUGAGUGUUCACCCUGCUGCCAUGUGGACUGGGGGGCCCGGGGCUGGCUGUAGGGACCAGUGAGCAGGCCAGUUGUGCCGCUUGGUCAGCCUGGGGGCGCAGCCCCUGGUGGAGGGCAGCAGGCUUUAGGGCUGUGGAGUGUUUGGAUUUUAGGAGUUGGAUGAUGAAUGAGGUGAUGGGUGUGGGGGAAGCAGUCCUUCAUGAAUGGGCUAGCCAGGCCAAUGGAAGAGUGGAAACCAGGCCCCAGGCCUGCCAUUCUCCCUCCAGCCCUGGAGCCCAGUGCCCUGCCCCAUUCAUUUUCUAGCCAGGCUGGAACCUGCUCCUGGGGGAGGGGUGUUUGCCUGUUGCCUGGUGCUCAGGUUCCGGUCACCACUAGCUGUAGCCAUGCUUCACGUGCUGCCCUCACUGCCCUUGCUACUCCUGCUGGUGACACCUGUACCCAGCUACGCCUGGUCGCGGCCCCUCUGGUACCAGGUGGGACUGGACUUACAGCCUUGGGGGUGCCAGCCAAACAGCAUGGAGGGCUGUGGGAGUGGCCUGGGCUGCCCUGGCUAUUGGAUGGACCUGGGAACAAACCGCAUCUACCCUGUGGCUGGGGUCACGCUCACUACUACCAUGAUGAUGCUGGCGAUCAGCCGCAAGGUGCUGCAGCGGCGGCGUGUACAGGCCACCAAAGCCGAGCACCCACAGGUGACGACUGACCCCUGUGGGCCUUGGAAGCGGCAGGCCCCAAUCUCAGACCGCACCCUGCUCCUUGGAGUGUUGCACAUGCUGGAUGCCCUCCUGGUCCACAUUGACAGCCACCUACGGCGUCUAGCCACACAGCAGCAAAUCCAAAUAAAGGGGACUUCUACCCAAAAUGGGUGACCUAA